AUGUAUAGGGGGAUUCCGCUGGGGAGAGGGGUGGUGCCGGGGUUUUACCAGGCGGCGCACAGCGUCAGGCAGGUGGAGACCACGGUGGCGGUGGAUCGGGUGAACUUGAUGCAGGCCGACGCGGCGGAGCUGGUGAGAGACGCCACGCUCAAUGAUCGGGUGGAGCUCAGGGUGUUGGGUGAUGUUGGGGCUAAGAUCCGGAUUCUUGGGAUCACUUCGCCCGGUGUGCAGGUAUCAAUUGAUUGUGCAAUAGUGAUAAGUCCAAAGAAGCAGGCUCUCACCUACAAGCAGUGUGGAUUCGAUGGCUUGAGCGUCUGA